AUGGCUUGUGCUUAGUUUUAUUUCAUCAUUCUUCAAGUUUUAGCCGAUUGGAGACUUAUAGAUUAUAGUUUUUCAGAUAUACAAAUUUUCGAAAAUGAUUGGGAAAUGAAAGAGAGUUGUUCUGGUUCUGAUACUUCAUUCAAAAAAGGAACUUGUAGUUAGAAUUUCCGAUAGUAUGUAAAAUUGACAGAUGAUGAGCGAUAUUUAUAAAAAUCCUUUAAUUAUAGAUGCUAUUAAGUUUAAGUAAUUUUUGAUGCCUUUUUUGAAGAUGCUGAUGAUGAUGAUAAUUCAUAUUUAAAAGUUUUCUAUGAUAGUAAUCAAGGAUCAUCAAGUGAUUAAAAAAUAUAUGAAAGAGUAUAUAGAGAAAGCCAUUUAUAAUAAAAUAGUGGUCGAAUAUGUAUUAGUGAUUCAAGCAAAUUUGAUCUAAAAACAAUAGUUAGUACAAGUAGUAUUUCAAACACAAAUAAUUUCGAUAUUAAAAUUUGUUUUGAUCCUGAUGAUGAUGAUAUGGUAAUUGGAAUAAGAAAUAUGCUUGUUUAUGUAAAUACUUGUCAUCCAACUUGCUUAACUUGUAAUGGACCUUCAGAAGUUGAAUGUUUAACCUGUUUUAAUAAUUAAAAUUUAUCAGGUGGUAAAUGUUAAUGCAUAUCUGAUUAAUAAUUUUCUGAAACUUUCAUAGGUUGUAGGUAAGAAUGUGAUAGGAAUUAUUCAUUAGCUCGUUUUGAUAAAAUUUGUGUAAAUGACACUCGUAUAAAAUAAAAUUUAACAUUAUUUUAAAAUUCAAAUAUUCCUCAAUCAAAUGAACGAUAUUCUCCUUUAAUAUUUAUUAAAGAUGAAUUUAAUCCUAAAAAUACUGAUUUAGUUUAUGAAAAUUGUAAUGGAAUCAGUUUUAUAGGAAAACUUUAAUUUAGUGAAGGUUUGCUUUAUUAAAUGAGCUUUGAAUAAGGAGUAAAAUUUUUAAGAAUUCGUAUAACCUUUUAUUUAUUUAACUUUAAAGUCUAAAGUAAAAUUACAAUCCUUUAAAACAAUCAAAUAUAAUCUAUUAUUACAAAAGAUUAAUCAAGUUUUUAGGUUGUAAAUUUAUUAAAAAUAUUUGAGAAAUUUAAUAGUUGUGAUGAAAGUUAUACUUUAUUAAGAGUUGAGAUUACAUUUUAAAUUUUUGACUCUAAUCCUGCUAUUUUAAUUUAGGGAUAACUUUAGGAUAAAACUGAAUCUUGGGGGUUAAGAAAUUUCACUGUUGACACAGGAUUUUGUUAAGAAAAUUGUUUGGUUUGUACUGAUUUUUAUACUUGUGGAUAGUGUAAUACAACAUAUAAAUUAUAUAAAAAUAAAUGUGUACAACAGUCUUGUCCCAUCCAUUCAUCUAAUUGUAUAGACUAUGAAGAUUUAAUUCCAUGUAAUUUUAUUUUUUUAUUAAUUAUUAGAUUCUAGAUAUAUAGCAAAAGGAUUUUAUGAUUUAAAUAUGACUUAUCAAGAAAUCUUAAAAUUUUAUGAUUCUUUUACAGAAUCAUCUAGUAGUUUUUCAACAUCAUAGACAUUUUCUUUUUUAAAUAAUAAAAUAGUAUUAGGUGGUUUAUUGGUUUGGAAUAAUGGUAUAUUUUCUAAGUCUUGGUCAAUAUAGAAGCCUCAUUAUGCUGUCACUGUUUAUUUUAAUUUAACAUAUGGAGAUGAUUACACAGGAUCAUUUUAUUAUAAAAUAGGUUUAACUAGCGCAUCUUUUCAAGGACCCUUUCUUAAACCUAGUGGAGGAUAAAAUUUGACAGGUCUAGCAGGUUUAGAAAGCACACGUUUUUUUAAUGUUAGUUUGACAAACUUUUAUUCAAGUAGUCUCUAUGUUGAAUUUUAAUGUUAAGUAUCAACUCCAAAUAUUACAAAAGAAUUCUGUGCAAUAUCAGAAUAUUUUAUUGUUGUUCAUUAUGUAAAAUAUUAAUUUAAAAUAGUGUCCUCCUUUUUGCGCUAGCUGUACUAGUUUAAAUUUAUGUUCAGAUUCAAGUUAUACUAAUUCUAAUUGUGGUAGUAAUUAAUAUUUAGAAUUUGAUUCACAAACUUAAGAUUACACUUGCAAAAACUGCAAUUAAUCUGGAUGUAAUACUUGUACAAAUGCAGAAAAAUGUACUUAAUGUGUUAAUAAUAAAUUUAUUUUAUAAAAUGGAAUUUGUUUAUGCAAUCCAUUUACAUUCUUAUAAAGCAAUAAUUGUUUAUCAUGCAAUAAAUAUUGUGAAAAUUGUUAUGGUAAUUCUUAAUAAAAUUGUCUUACUUGUGUAAAGGAAUNUCCUGCUAUUUUAAUUUAGGGAUAACUUUAGGAUAAAACUGAAUCUUGGGGGUUAAGAAAUUUCACUGUUGACACAGGAUUUUGUUAAGAAAAUUGUUUGGUUUGUACUGAUUUUUAUACUUGUGGAUAGUGUAAUACAACAUAUAAAUUAUAUAAAAAUAAAUGUGUACAACAGUCUUGUCCCAUCCAUUCAUCUAAUUGUAUAGACUAUGAAGAUUUAAUUCCAUGUAAUUUUAUUUUUUUAUUAAUUAUUAGAUUCUAGAUAUAUAGCAAAAGGAUUUUAUGAUUUAAAUAUGACUUAUCAAGAAAUCUUAAAAUUUUAUGAUUCUUUUACAGAAUCAUCUAGUAGUUUUUCAACAUCAUAGACAUUUUCUUUUUUAAAUAAUAAAAUAGUAUUAGGUGGUUUAUUGGUUUGGAAUAAUGGUAUAUUUUCUAAGUCUUGGUCAAUAUAGAAGCCUCAUUAUGCUGUCACUGUUUAUUUUAAUUUAACAUAUGGAGAUGAUUACACAGGAUCAUUUUAUUAUAAAAUAGGUUUAACUAGCGCAUCUUUUCAAGGACCCUUUCUUAAACCUAGUGGAGGAUAAAAUUUGACAGGUCUAGCAGGUUUAGAAAGCACACGUUUUUUUAAUGUUAGUUUGACAAACUUUUAUUCAAGUAGUCUCUAUGUUGAAUUUUAAUGUUAAGUAUCAACUCCAAAUAUUACAAAAGAAUUCUGUGCAAUAUCAGAAUAUUUUAUUGUUGUUCAUUAUGUAAAAUAUUAAUUUAAAAUAGUGUCCUCCUUUUUGCGCUAGCUGUACUAGUUUAAAUUUAUGUUCAGAUUCAAGUUAUACUAAUUCUAAUUGUGGUAGUAAUUAAUAUUUAGAAUUUGAUUCACAAACUUAAGAUUACACUUGCAAAAACUGCAAUUAAUCUGGAUGUAAUACUUGUACAAAUGCAGAAAAAUGUACUUAAUGUGUUAAUAAUAAAUUUAUUUUAUAAAAUGGAAUUUGUUUAUGCAAUCCAUUUACAUUCUUAUAAAGCAAUAAUUGUUUAUCAUGCAAUAAAUAUUGUGAAAAUUGUUAUGGUAAUUCUUAAUAAAAUUGUCUUACUUGUGUAAAGGAAUAUUACAGAGGAAUCUAAUUUAAUUAAUGUUCAUGUUUGCCUGGAUAUUAUGAUGAUGGAAUAAAUUUACCAUGUCUUCCUAUUUGUGGAGAUUAAUUAGUAGUAGAAUAUGAAGAUUGUGAUGAUGGUAAUAACAAUCCCUUUGAUGGUUGCCAUAAUUGUAAAUUUGCUUGCAAUUUUGCAUGUGAUAUUUGCUUCAAUGGAAAAUGUUAUUUAUGUAAAAGUGGUUAUGAAGUUUAUAAUAAUGACUGCCGAUCAAUUUGUCAAGAAAAGGAUCUUACCUUGUUAUAAUAAUGCACAACAGACUCAAAAAACUGUGUAAAUUGUUAAUUUGUAUGCUCUAGCAAUUGUAUAAAUUGUGAAUUUGGAAUAUGCCUAAAAUGUGAUGAAGAAAAAGGAUGGUACGUUUAAUUUGAUGGUUCAUGUAAUUCUAUUUGUGGAGAUGGUAUAGUUACAAGUUUAACUGAAAUGUGUGAUGAUGGAAAUUCUAAUCCAUCAGAUGGAUGUAAUUAUUGUUAAUAUUCUUGUGAUAUAUUUUGUCUUACCUGCAUAAAUUCUGUAUGUAUAAAUUGUUUAGAUGGUUAUUAAUUAAUAUAAAAUAAAUGUAUUCCAAAAUGUUAAGAUGCGAAUUCAGUAUUUCCUGAAUAAUGCGAAGAUGGAAAUAUUGUACCUUUUGAUGGCUGCUUUAAUUGUUAAUUUUAAUGUUCAGAAAAUUGUAUAAAUUGCUAAUUUGGUAUUUGUUACAAAUGUAAUGAAUUAAGUGGUUGGUACUUAUAAGAGGAUGGAUAAUGUAAAAGUAUUUGUGGAGACAACAUACUUGUUUUUGAAAAUGAAGAAUGUGAUAAUAAUGAUAUUGAUUCUGUUUGUAAUUAAUGUUAGUUUAUUUGUGAUUCAAAUUGCUAAUAAUGUUAUAGAGGAUUAUGUUUAGUUUGUAUUCAAGGAUAUAAAUGGGAAUAUAUAACAUAAAAAUGUAUAAUAAUAUAACAAGAUGGAUGUUAAUUAAAUUGUUAAUAAUCUUGUACAUUAUGUAUUUAAGAUGGUUGUUUAGAAUGUAAUACAAUUGGAUGGUAUUUAGAUGAGUAAAAAAAAGAAUGUAAAACUAUAUGUGGAGAUGGAAUUACUGUGCUUAAUUAUGAAGAAUGUGAUGAUUUAAUUGAUGAAACUUGCUAUUUAUGUAAAAAAAAGUGUUAAAAUUCUUGUUUAUUCUGUUAGAAUGGUAAUUGUAUGAAUUGUAAAAAAGGAUGGGUUUUAUUCAUAGACAAAAAAUGUUAUCCUUUAUCUGGAGAUUCAUAUAUAGUAGGAGAUGAACGAUGCGAUGAUAAUAAUUAAAUAAUGUAUGAUGGUUGUUAUCUAUCAUAAAAUUAAUGUUAAAUAUCAUGUAUUUUAUGUUAAUUUGGAAAAUGCAUUUAAUGUAGUAAUGGAUAUCAUAAUGUCAAUAGUAAAUGUUAUGAAAUCUUGAAUGAUGGAUUAGUAAUGGGAAAUGAAUAAUGUGAUGAUAUGAAUUUAUUAGCAUAAGAUGGUUGUUUUCAUGGCUAAUAUGAUUGUCCUAAAUAUUGUGAACAUUGUUUUCAAGGUUAAUGUUUAUAAUGUAAUUAAAUCUCAAAUUAACUUGAUAUACUUACUAAUUAAUGUUUAUCAUAAUGUGGAGAUGGAUAUUUAACAAAUUAAGAAUAAUGUGACGAUGGAAAUAACACUUCAUAAGAUGGUUGUUAUGAAUGUAAAUUUUAAUGUAAUUAAUUUUGUGAGAUUUGUGAAAAUGGAAUAUGUUUAGAAUGUUAAUUUGGAUAUUCUUUAGAUUAAAUAAAAAAUAUAUGUAAUAGUAUUUGUGGAAAUGGUAUUAUUACCCAGGAUGAAUAAUGUGAUAAUGGUGAUUUACAAUUAUUUAAUGAAUGUUCGAAUUGUAAAGUCUAAUGCCAAGAAUAAUGUAUUAUAUGUGUUGAUGGAUAAUGUCUUGAAUGCAUAUAAGAUGGUUGGUAAUUAAAUUUAAUUGAAAUGAAUUGCUAACCAAUUUGUGGAGAUUUAAUAGUAUUAGGUAAUGAACAAUGCGAUGAUGGUAAUGAUGUAGAGAAUGAUGGUUGUGCUAAAUGUUUUUUUAAAUGUUAAGAUGAAUGUACUUUGUGUGAAUUUGGAGUAUGUAGAGAGUGUGAUUAUUAAGGUUGGUAACUUAUUAUUAAUGAAUGUUUUCCAAUAUGUGGAGAUUAUUUAGUUUUAGGGAAUGAAGAAUGUGAUGAUGGAAAUCUGAUUCGUUCAGAUGGAUGUUUCGAAUGUAAAUAUUUAUGUUAAGAUUAAUGUACUGAUUGUGUAGGUGGUUAUUGUAAAGCUUGUGACGUUAGUGGUUGGGAACUUAAUAAUAAUAAUAUUUGUGUUACUGUAUGUGGAGAUGGUAUUUUAAUUAAUUUAAAUGAAUAAUGUGAUGAUGGUAAUGAUAUUCCAUAUGAUGGUUGUUAUUUAUGUGAAUUUUAAUGUGAAUAAUUAUGUACAUUAUGUGAAUUAGGAAUAUGUUAUGAAUGUAAUUAAUUAGGAUGGAUUAUCAAAGAUAAUAAAUGUACUCCUUAUUGUGGUGAUGGUCUUGUUAUUGGAAAUGAAUAAUGUGAUGAUAUGAAUUCUAUUGCAAAUGAUGGAUGUUAUGAAUGUAAAUUUAUGUGUGAUUAAUAUUGUACUGAUUGUGAAGAUGGCAUUUGUAAAGAAUGUCCUAUUGGAAUGCAUCUUUUUGGAUUAUUCUGUUAAUCAAAAUGUGGAGAUGGAUAUCAUCUUUAAAUGUUUGAAUAAUGUGAUGAUGCAAAUAAUGAAAAUGGAGAUGGAUGCAAUUCAUAAUGUCUUAUUGAAGAAGAUUGGAUAUGCAUUAGUCAUUUAAAUACUUUCUCUAUUUGCUCAUUUGAAAAAAAACCAGAUUUCUCUUUAAUUCUCCUUAAAUCUAAUGCUUAUGGAAUUUACAAUAUCUAAAUUGUAUUUAAUGAAAAAGUUAAGUUCUCACCACAUAUUAAUAAUAAUUUAACUGAUUAUAUUCAAACUAAUAUUCUUGGUCUUGAAUAUCAAGAUUAUAAUAUUCAUAUGACUAAUGAACUUACAAUAUCUUAUGAUCAAGUUUCCUAAUUAGAUUUUAAAUUUGAAGUUUUACUUCUCAAAUCUAUUGAACAUCCUAUUUUUUAAAUAAUAUUUCUCAAUGAUCCUAUCCUAUCUGAAUUCAACUAAACACUUAGCAAAAACGAACAAACUAUUUAAUUAUAAACUCCUAUUGUCUUAACAUCUUAGCAAGUACUUAUUGCCUAAUAAACUUAAAAAUUUAAUUAAGCAGUCAUCAUAUCCUUAGCAAGUGUAUCUUCUAUUUGCUUAAUGACUGGCUAAUCAGAAGUCUUUUGGAAUCUUAUGGAUUAAUUGUAAUACUUAUCAUAUAUCAAGUACAUUAAUAUACAAUUUUCACCUAAUUUGAACAUCUUUUUUGAUGUUUUUCAAUUGAUAACUGUCUCACCAUUAAUUUCUGCUUUAGGUUUCCAAAAAUUUUUUGAUGCUUUAGAUGGAAACGGAAAUUUUACUAUUGAAACUACUAAUAAAUUCUUAUAAGAUGAUAUCAAUGCAUAUUUCCUUUUGAAUUUUGAAAGUUUUUUAUUCUGCUUAAUAACAACAUACAUGAGUUAUUUCACUGCUAAAAUUGCAUAUUAUUUCCUCAAUAAAAUGGGUUAAAAUCAAAUUAAUUGGAUUGGUUUUAAAUUUAGUAAAAUCAUAAUAAGUUCUAGGAAUAAAUUGAAAAUACAAAUAAAAGAAUUCUAUUAUAAUGCUAUCUUAAGAUUACUUCUCUCAAAUUCUUAUGAUAUAUGUUUUGCUUGUGCAAUUCAAAUGUAAUAUUACCCAUAAGAUAAUAAUAAUAUUUAUAUACUAAUCAAUUAUUAUUUUUCAUAUCUAUUUUAUUUUGGAUUUAUUUUAGCUAUCCUAUUUUUGAUGAAUAUUUCUACUAUCCUUUCAAAAUAGACUUCACUCAGGAAUCGUUCCAAGUACCAAGAAAUAUUUGAAGGAAUUAAUAAUAAUAAUAAAAUUUGGACAAUUUAAUAUAACACUGUUUAAAUGAUUAAGAAACUUAUUUUUAUUUCUUUAAUCGUAUUUUUGUAAGACAAUGGAUUAAUUUAAACUUUAAUAAUCUCAUUUUUCCAAUCAGUCUUUUUUACACACUUUAUUCUCAAUAAACCAUUAAAAAAUUAUAAUGAAUAUAUUAAAAUUUUAUUGACAGAAUCAUUAAUAAUUUUUAAUGUAAUUUCAUUUAUCUUUUAUUAUUACAGAAUUGAAUUGGGAUUAACAACAGAAAAUUUAAUAAAUUUAGGAUGGUUGCAUAUUGCUACCUUCUCUUUCAUUUUAACUUUCUCUUUUCUUAUUGACAUCAAAUAGUAAUUAAAAAAACUAAUGAAAUUGAUAGAAAAUUCCAGGAAAAAAGAAGAGUUAUCAUUAGAGCCAAUCUUUUAUUGA